AUGCUGACUAGGCUAGCGGCGAGAGCGCAGGAAACACUGAAGCUCGUGGUGUCGCAAAUUCAUUUAUACUCGGACUCCGAAGUGACGCUGGCAUGGAUUCGGGGGCACCCCUCUCGCUGGACAACAUACGUCGCCAACCGGGUGGCGGAGAUACAGCAGCUGCUACCGGAGGCAGCAUGGCAUCACGUGCCAAGCCGGGACAACCCCGCGGACUGCGCCUCACGUGGAAUGCAACCCAGUGAGCUGGUGGAAUUCGGGCUGUGGUGGCAAGGGCCAUCGUGGCUGACGGAGAACUCACCACCCCCACUACGGACCUCGCCGCGCCUGGCAGAGGACGAGGUUCCCGAGAGGCGGGCACACAUUAACACAGUGACCAUAAAGCCACCCGAAUCGGAUAUGCUGCUUCGAUUUUCAACGCUGCGACGCCUGCUACGCGUCUCAGCAUGGUGCCGACGCUGGUUACGGGCGAUCCAAGCCCGACAAUUCUCUGUUUCAGGCACAUCACUGACUCCGCAGAAACUGGAAGGCGCCCUGGGGACCUGGAUACGAGAGGCCCAAGCAGCCUGGUUCUCGGAAGAAAUCAAAGCCCUCGACCGUGACAAGCAGCUUCCGAGGCGGAGCGCAUUGCAACGCCUCAGCCCAUUUCUCGAUCAUGACCACGUCCUUAGAGUGGGAAGACGACUGAAGCACGCGAUCUUAAGCGACGAUGAGCGACAUCCGGCCAUUCUUCCUCGAGAUUCGUGGCUCACAACGUUGAUCAUUCACGACCAGCAUAGGCUCCAUGGAGGCGUUCAGUUAACCCACGCCUCUCUCCGACAGAGAUUUUGGAUCCCAGGAGGGAGAGCACGAGUACGACAAUGCAUCCACCAAUGCAUCACAUGUGUGCGCUGGCGGGCGAAAAGCCCACAGCAGCUAAUGGCGGACCUGCCGCCGCCCAGAGUGAACAUAGCAAGAGCGUUCACUCACACAGGCGUGGACUACGCCGGGCCGAUUGCGCUGCGCACGACCAGAGAACGAGGACACAAAACUUACAAGGGGUUCCUCGCCAUAUUUGUGUGCAUGAGCACGAGAGCAGUGCAUCUCGAAGCCGUGUCCGACCUGACCACAGAUGCCCUUUUGGCCGCCUUUCGCCGCUUCACAUCAAGACGAGGCCUCUGUGAGGUCUUGUACAGCGACUGA